CAAAUGGGAGGGGAGGUGAAAGGACGCGGAGGCGGGCCUGGGCACCGCGUGUGGAGCGGCCGGAGGAUGGGGAAGGUCCGGGAGGCGAAGCCGAGUUCCCCGGGGCUCAGGAACCGCCAGCAGCGGCGGGACAGCAAACCAAAGAAGAGCAAUAUGAAGCCCAAAAAUAUUGAUGAGCAAGAAAUUCCAUCCAAACUCCGUGAGAUAAUGAGAAGUAAAGAGGAAAUGAAGAGGAAGAGAAAUAAGGGAAGACAAAAGCAGUCUCUGUCCUUGUUACAAUUAAUGUACUCCAGUUUUAUAAUCUUGAUUCAGUCCAGUGCAAAGCCAAAACGAAAAUCUCCUUUAGGAGCCUCAGAUCCCCAUGGGGAUAUGCCAGUUCCGAAGUUUAAGAGGAAGAAAGGGGAGUCGGUGAAAAAUUAUAUUCAACGCAUGGAGCAGGAGACGAAGCAUGUAAUGUUCAUGAGCAAACAUCAGCUGCCACGUUAUCCUGAGAUGGAGGACAAGGAGAAAGGAAAGGAAAGCUAUGUGAAAUCAAAGUCUGAGAAAAAGAAAGAAUCCGAUAAGAAAAGGUUGAGAAGACUUAUUGGUAAGAAAAUUGAAAGAAAGAAGAUGAAACAGGAGAAAGAAUGUUUACAGUUUGCAGAUAUUGUGCAAUUUGGAGAAGUGGCCAUGCAACCGCCCACCCUCACUGCUAAACCCAGGAAGAGCCAGGCUACCAAUAAGCCUGGCCAGAGACAGUUACUUCUGAAAUCUCUGAUUGCGGACAGCAAGUGUGGCUCAGAAAGGACAAACGUGACCGCCCUAGAUGUUGAAUUGCCCAGUAUGUCAAUGGCUCGCCAGAGGAUCAUGUUGGAGGAGCGGGAGAGGGUCAUUAAAGCCUACAGAGCUCUGAAGAAACGGAAGCUGCAAACUCUGACCCAGAAUUAGAACAGUAUGGAAAAUCGGAAGAUGCCAAAUCGGGAGGAUUUGAGAAUGGCAUCAUUUGCUAAAGAUGAUGAUUCUCAACAUGGUUACAGCAUGGAAGAAGGCCUUUCGGCCUGUUGAGGCCCUACCUGCUCUUUACAAGAUCAAUCCAGCGAGUCCCACUCCUGAAUAGCUGCUGAUCUUCAAAGACCGGCAGCUAGUUGAAAAAUUGAGGAAUUAAUUUUCAUUUAGCAAGAGCAUUCAUAGCUUUUCAGCUAUAAAGAGAUCCAAUUUUUGGAGCCAUGGAUUUAUGUCAGUAUGCCUGACUGCAUGAACAAAAAGCUCAUGGUUGAGGAAUCGCAACCAACCUCAGUUGUGAGGACUCCAAGAUGCCUUAAAUGAUGAUUAUUCAUGUGCACUGUUCAUUUGAUAAGUUCUUAAGUUGGUUGCUAUUCCAUGCUCUGAAUUUUCAUCUGAUCUAAUUUUUGUAUUUAUUAGGCAUCCUUUUGUUUUAAACUUGUGGUGCUUCAGAAUGCCCCAGCCAUAUAGAGACAUCAAGUCUGAGUGUGGACUUGUACAGACGUGGAAAGCAUUGAGAAAUACCAAUGAGCAUUGUGAAUCAAGAAAGUGUAGUUUGACAUAAUGAAAUCCACUGCAAACUUCAAGAUGUGAUCCAACCCAAAUAUUAGCAUAUCUGGCUUGACCACCUGUGCUGUUUACUACUCUGAUUUGCAAGCAUAUUUAUCAGCUGUGUUCUACUGACUAUUAUGCAGCUGUCUGGAAGAGUUUUGCAGAUCAUUCAUGUUUCAAGAAGGGUUGUUCUUUGUUAUGUGUUUGGUUAGGAUUUCUUUUGAAGGGGCAGCUAUUUGUAAUAGUUUCUAAUGAAGGCAUGUGAGUAGAGAUACAAUUUCUCUAGUAAAUCGUGUUUUAAUGCCUGGUAAUCUUAUGAAUUGAAUGAUUUAUAUUUUGAUAAACAGUAACAAUCUAUAAAUCUUGUUUUCCAUCAUGUGCAAGCACAAUUUACAUUGCGGACUUUAACACCAGACUUCCAAUAUAGAAUAUUUUAAGACGUGAACUCCCCUGACAAUAAACAUUGAAGGAAUUUGCUAGAAGAGUUUCCUGCAGAUUUCUUUACUUGACAUUUUGAAGUCAGAAACUCUCAGAAUAUAUAAAAGCAAACAAAAACAUUAAAUUUGAGUUGGAUUUAAAUGUGAUAGCUCCUAUUAAGAAGGAGGACAUUUGAUAACUUUGGUACAUUUGCCAGUGUUUUACAUAGAAAAGUACAGCACAGGAAUAGGCCCUUUGGCCCACCUUGAAGCCACUCUAACCAAUCCCAUCUGCCUGCACAUAGUCUGUACCCCUAUACUCCCUGCCUGUUCAUGUGUCUGUCUAAAUGCCAUAUUGGACCAAUAUUUCAGAUUGGUUUGUACAUCAAACUACAUGUAAUGGAGCAGAGAAGGCUAAGAGGAGAUUUGAUAGAAAUGUUAAAAAUUAAAAAUUUGGAUAGAAUGGGUAAAGUAAAACUGUUUCUAAUGGCUGAAGGUUCGCUAACUAGUCGAUAGUGCUGUGUUUAAAUUACUGAACUGGUAAACCAGAGGUCUGAACAAGCAAUACAGAAUCCUGAACAAGCAAUACAGAAUCCUGAGUUCAGAUCUCACCAUUGCAGUUGUGGAAUGUAAAUUCUAUAUUUUAAGAAAGAUCAGAUAGUCUUAGUAACGCUGAGCAUGAAACUACUGGAUUGUUGUAAUAAAUGCCUCUGGUUUGUGAAUGUCCUUCAAGAGAAGAAGCCCACAAUCUUUGUCUGGUUCAGCCUAUAUGUGACUUCAGACCCACAACAUUAUGAUUGGCUCUGGCCACUGAAGUGGCCUGACAAACCACUCUGUUCAGGAGUAAUUGGAGGUCAGCAAUAAAUGCUGACGCUGCCAAUGUUGUCCACGUCCCAGUGAAUAAAUAAAAAGACCAUUGAUUUAAGGUGCUUGGUAAAAGAACUAGAGGCAAUAUGAAGAAAAUUUUAUUUACACAAAUGGUUGGAGUCUGUAAUGUAGCAUCUGAUGGAGAAGUGAAGAUAGAUUCAGUAGUCUCCUUCCAAAGGGAAUUUAAUAUAAAUAUAGUAAAGGCAGUACACGGAUACAGAUAAAGAGUGGGAAUUGCAGUGAACUGGAUUGUUCUUUGAAAGAGCCAGCCAUGCUAAGUGGGAUGGAUGGCUUCCUGUGCUGUGUUAAUCUAUGGCUCCAGGGAAACCAUUUUGUUCAGGUCAUUGCCCAGGUCUGUUUCACUCUCCGGCAGAGCCACGGUGGGCCAUGUGGCCUCCUUCUAGCCCAAACAUCCUAUGAAGAGAUUCGUGUGUGCCCUUGGAUUUUAGCUUGGGGUUGUAGGGUGGUGGAGGAGAGUGGUAGAGAAGAGUGAGGAAUGUGCCAAUGCUUGCCGUGCAGAUUAAGUACCAGGAGGUUUCUUGUCAGAAUUGUGAAAGGAGUAUCAUUUUCCCAAUAGUUAAAUGUAUAGCACUUCUAACCAAUUUCAAGUUUAGGAUUUAUGGGUGUGUCUUCCCACCCAACACCAUUAGGAUUGAGAUAAACCAACUGAUUGACUACAUGUUCUUGGUGCACUCUCACCAAAUUUAAUCUGCCACUUGAUCACCUAUUCUACAUCAGUUCUGCAUGUUGAAAAGCUGCUAUUGACUGAUUAGUUAUUAGCAAAUAAUGCUGGAGCAAAAUCAAAUUGUUCUUUCCCAUUGGUUUGUUGCAUCUGUUGCUAUUGGUCAACUGUUUAUGAUGUGGAAAUGUCAUUCUCUUCUGUGCUCACACACUUGGUAUUGCUGAAGCACUUAACGUAAGCAGUAUAAGAAGGUAGGAUUUGGUAUGUUUUUCAUGAAUGUUUGGAAAGCCUGAAGCCUGCAGUGCAAAAUCUGUGUGUAAAUUUUUGGUGCACAUGGCUCUUGCAUCCUCCCUUGUUUCAAAGUGUUUCACAAUGAAGCUUCAUCAACUUUUGGUUACACUACCUGCCCAGCUAACUUGUUAAUUGUUAUGUAGUCCAAGAUGGAUGCAAAUAAGCUGCUUAAUUGCAAUUUACGUUGACUCCAUAUAGAGAAAAUUCACUGUGUGAUUUGAUGUACCAUUUCUGAAUUUGUGCUGGAGUUUCCAUUUGAAGUGCUUUUGUGAGUAAAUGCUUGGCUGGAUGAUGGGAUCAGAAUCAGGUUUUAUUAGAAUCAGGUUUAUUAUCACUGACAGAUGUUGUGAAAUUUGUUGUUCUGUGGCAGCCAUACAGUGCAAGACAUAAAGACAUAAAGACAUAAAAAUUACUAUAAGUUACAAAACUAAAUAGUGCAAAAGAGGAAUAACAAAGUAGUGUUCAUGGGUUCAUGGACCAUUCAGAAAUCUGAUGGCGGAGGGGAAGAAGCUGUUCCUGAAACAUUGAGUGUGGGUCUUCAGGCUCCUGUACCUCCUCCCCGUUGGUAGUAACGUGAAGAGGGCAUGUCCCGGGUUGUGAGGGUCUUUAAUGAUGAAUGCCGCCUUCUUGAGGCGCCGCCUCUUGAAGAUAUCCUCGAUGGCGGGGAGGGUUGUGUCCGUGAUGGAGCUGGCUGAGUCUACAACCUUCUGCAGCCUCUUUCGAUGUGUGCUUGGGACAGGUAUAGAUUUUUGCUGCAAUUGAGCCUCUCAAAUUACUCAACAUUUUUUUUCUCUAACAAAUGUAGCGAAGAGUUAUACAGAUCAAGUCAUCACACUUAAUUCCCAGCUGACCUUGAUGUACUGCAUUUGAGCUGGGUGUCUGUGAGCUUGGUGAUGGGGAGGAUAAUAAUGAUGGUUUCUGCUUCUGUUACUCUCCAGUAAGCAUUACUAGAAAGUUUGUUUGCAAAUUAGAGUUGCUGUCACUACAUCCGUGGUUGAACAACCGUCCGCAGGUAACACCAGGAUUGUGUUGACCUGCAGAGUGGCAGACCACUGGUUUAUGCUCAAAAUACCCUGCAGGGCAUGUUUUUACUUGAAGUCAAACUGGUCCACCAACUGGCGCAGGACUUGCGCCCAGUGGGUAGUAGUGAGAGCCUGCUUUCCGCAGCUUGGGUUGGCUGGUGUCAAAGUGGUAUUGGCAGAGACUUGUCAGCGGACAGCUUGUCCACACUCUCUGCUGAAGAAUAGCAGGUUGCCUGUGGCAUUGUACAAUGUUGGCUCUUGGAACCAAGCCCAAUUCUGCUCUCAUUCUACAUCUGCAUCAUUAGGGGUGACUUGGAGCAAUUCCAGCCAAUCCUGUCUGAAUGCCCCUUUUCCCUUAACACAGUGCACUGAGGUGAAUAAUGAGAGAUCCACACCAGUCUAAAUAUUCGAAUGUUAACAAACCACUUGCUUGAGGAAUAAUGUACUUUAACACUUAAAACAAAAUCUGGCAUACAUGUGAUGAAGAUCCAGGAUUCUGUUAUCUUGGAAACGGUCUUGUUUGUUUCUCCUCAAGAGUUGCUAUAGAAGUGCCACCUGUGCAAUGUCAAAUGGCAACCAAGUUUUCUAAUUCAAUUGCAAAUCCUUCUGAUGUUCUGGGGAGUGCCAUCUGUUUGAACUGUGAAAUAAUGCAGGCUUUGGUUAAUGUUUAAAGAGAGAUUGUGGGCACAUAUUUGUCACACGUCUAUGUACACUCAUAAAAAGUAAUGCCAGAGUUUGACUUGAUAAAUUUGUUAGCUUUUUAAAAUCUCUUUUAAU